GGCUCACGCAUGAUAGAGCAAAAAGGACAAAAAAGUAGAAAUAAAGAAAGAAAAAGCCCUACUUGGCUUGGAAGCUUUGGUGUGGAGAUCGGAGUGAGGCUUGGAGACCGCUUCGAUCAGGUCCGGUGAGAGGCAAAAUAGAGAAAAGGGGAAAUUUUUUUUCCUAUUUUUCUCGGAAAGAGAAAGAAACGAAAGUGAAAAGAAGAAGAAGAAGAAGGAAAUUUUAAUGGGGGUUUGAUUUUGAAAGGGGGAAGAAGAAGAGAAGAAGAAGAAGAAGAAGUGAGGGAAUAUUGAUUUUCAAAUGGGGAGUAGGGUUCCGGUACAGCACUACAACAUGAGAUCGGCGAACUCUUUCAUCGGAGGAAGCCCUUUGCACGACCUCAACACCGUGGAUUCUCGCCCUACCGCCGACAUUGAGUCUAUCAGUGACGUUGAUCGCGAUGCUGUUACCGAAGAUAGCCUCGACAACGACGAUGAUUCCAAUGCCGUUGAUUGCAUGCAUGAAUCAUAUAGGAAUUCUUUACCACUUCACAGCGUUGGAGUUGAUGAAGAGCGCUCUAGCCUUGAGAACAAUGGGUCCUCACGGGGUUCUUAUGAUAUAUUGACAAUUGAUGAUGUCUCACCUAUUGAAGCGGCAAGGGCAAGAUUUCUGCAAAUUAUUGUGGAUCAUUUUAUAAAUGAUCAUGUGAUUGAAGUUCCUGAUUCUGAGGCUGAUUAUACUGCUCAAUCUACUCAAGAUAAAAUUAAUAAGCGCAAGGCAAGGGAAAUCCAGUAUGAAGGUGAUCAAAGAUUUGCUUUGCCCUUGAUGUAUGUGGCAAACCUGUAUGAAACCUUAGUUCACGAUGUAAAUAUUAGGCUUGCUUCCUUGAACGGUCUUCGUGAUAAAACAAUUGGGGUAGCCCUUGAAGCUGCUGGUGGUUUGUAUAGAAGGCUAGCUAAGAAAUUUCCCAAAAAUGGACCAUGCACAUAUAAAAGAAGAGAGUUGGCAACAUCUCUUGAAACAAGGACAAGAUUUCCAGAAUUGGUAAUUCAAGAAGAGAAGCGAGUUCGUUUUGUAGUAGUCAAUGGUUUGGAUAUUGUUGAAAAACCAAAUACCAUGCCUAUUGAUGACGCCGAAUGGUUCAAACGGCUGACAGGUCGCGAUGAAGUAUUUGUCUCUGCUCGAGACUAUAAGUUUUAUUCCCCAAGACAUAAGUAUAGGCGUGCUGCUUCAAACUCUGUAUCUAAUAUCGCUUCAUUAUCUAAUUUUCCUGGGAGUGAUAAUUCUUCUGUGUUGACUACUGCUCAAGGAUUCCGUUCUGCAAGUGAAGCACAAAAUCAGCAGCAGACGCCUUGUAAACAUCAUAUGCAACAGCUCUCUCACCAACCUCAAUUCCACCCUAUUCACCAGAAUCAUCAUCAAGCUAUGCAGCAAAGUCAACAUACAACCCACUAUUCUCAAAACCAUCAAUGUGGUCCACCAUCUCACCUGCCUGAAAUUACCCAUGCUCACCAUUCACCAACUAUGUCGCAACACAUGGCUGUCUUGCAACCCCUUGCAGGAGGUCAUGUUGGGGGGCGUUUGCAUGUACUGCCAUCCAGCCCUGCAAAGUUUUGUGAUGAAUGUGGCGCCCCAUAUUUGAGAGAAACCUCCAAGUUUUGCUCAGAAUGUGGUGUUAAGAGAUUGGGAACAUGAACAAAAAUUGUCUCAGGCCCAUCCCAACUUUAUUUGUGGCCGCGUGAAAAAAACAAACAAAUAAAUAAAUGAAAUGUAGCCUUUUGAUUGAAUGGUAUUUUUAUGUAAAUAAUAGAAAUCUUUUUUUUUUUUUUAAUGUUUACCGUGUAUUUUAAUUAAUUUUUUAUUUAAAUUUACUUUGUUUUUUUUUUUGGUUAAAAAAUUUACUUUGUUUUGAA